GACGGUGGAUGCGCCGGCGGCCGCCGCGGGGCAUUGUGGGGCUUGUAGUUCUGGGGUCCAGGCGGAGGCAUGUGCGCGAGUCGCGGGAUCUCCACCCGGCUGCAGCUGAGCAAAAGGAGAGGUCAGACCCGGCAAGGGGGUGAGGGAGGCUUCUUGCCUCUGGGGGAAAGAGCUAGGGGGCUUGGGCUGAGCCCCCUGAGACUUCUAUUGAGUCAGAGCAUUGGUCUACCUAGCCUAGUUUUGCCUACAGGAAUUGGCAGCAAUGGCUCUAGUCUAGGCUUUCAGGCGGGGAGUUUUUACCCCGACCCCCGUCCUACCUGCAGAUACCGCUGGGGAUUGAUGCUGCGACCUUCUGCAUGCAAAGCACAGACCCUCCAAGUGUCUCUCUUUUCCAGGGACGUCCGUGAUUUAGAGAAGCCGCCCCGGUUUCGGAUUUGAUCCUGGAAUGUACCACUUUUCCUUAGGAUGUCCCUAUUUUCAUUGGAGAAAUGUUGGAGGGUAUGGAGUUAUCUGCAGUUCAAUAUUCCCUCCCUCUCUUUUUUGCAGGGGGGGAAGGGGGUGUUCCUGCACUGAGUGAAACCUUCUGCACAAAGAUCCACCGAAAGCAGAAGACAGUCAGUGUUGCCUAUGACUCUCCCGGAGGAAAUGGUCUGGGCAAGACAAACGAAGGAGAGGGCAAGAAGCAGAAGUGGGAACCAAAAAACUGGGAGCAGCACCUGAGCAACAUCCGAGAAAUGAGGAAGGAGAGAGAUGCCCCUGUGGACCAGAUGGGUGCUGGGAAAUGCUUUGACAGUGAUGCUCCUCCAGAGGUGAGGAGAGAGCUCAAAACUGAGCUGAACUGCACAUGUUUAGGAGCAAGAAGGAUCUUGGCAGGUUGCAUUGUCUGCCUUCCUGCCCUCAUAGAGCAGGACUGGGCAGCAGAUAGAGGUUGAGAUCUGUUUGUAGAACAGAUCUGGUUUUAACAAUGAUAACAUGGGUUUUCCCACCUGAUGCUAGGAAAGCUAACCACUCACUGGCCCUGCUCUGCACCCUCCUUGAAUGUUUUUGCCUGGCUGAGAUCUGCCCUUGAACCCUGAUAAUGUUUCCAUCCAUUUACCUGGAUGGAAGACCGCAGAGAAAUCUGUGUGUGUAGAAACCUCUGGCUUUUACAUAGCUGGGAUGUAAAGGCUCUAGCCACAUCCAUUGCUCUAACCAUCGUAUUUUUUGCUCUAUAAGACGCACCAGACCACAAGACGCACCUAGUUUUUGGAGAAGGAAAACAAGAAAAAAAAAUCUGAAUCUCAGAAGCCAGAACAGCAAGAGGGAUCGCUGGGCAGUGAAAGCAGCAAUCCCUCUUGCUGUUCUGGCUUCUGGGAUAGCUGUGCAGCCUGCAUUCGCUCCAUAAGACGCACACACAUUUCCCCUUACUUUUUAGGAGGGAAAAAGUGAGUCUUAUAGAGCAAACAAUACGGUACUUUUGCUUUUGGCCCUGCCCAUUACUAGCAUACGUUGCCUAUCAAGAAAUAUGGCCCCUAGGUGGUUCUAGCAAAAAAACAAAGUAGAUCUGACGAAAGAUGAUAUCCUGUGAUGAUCACCUUCCAUCUCCAUACCAUACUGUAGGUUAGGCGCUACCAGGUCCUCUUGUCACUCAUGCUCUCCAGCCAAACCAAAGAUCAGGUGACUUCGGCGGCCAUGAUGCGCCUGAGGGAGCAUGGCCUCACUGUGGACAACAUCUUGGAGACUGAUGACGUGACUCUAGGCCAGCUCAUCUACCCUGUGGGGUUUUGGAAGGUGAGCCAUUUGAGAGAAUAGGAAAGAGGAAGAGCAUUAAGCCAAUAUUUUUAUUGCCCUAAUCUUAGUAAUGAGCGCUGGGCAUUUUGAGGAAAUGAAGCUGGUUAUAUUUGUGUUUGGCAGAGUUGCGGUUGGGAGAACAGCUUUAAAGACUUUAGAAAAUGUGAACGUCUGAAGAUCAUAGCUGCUGGGUCAGGUUAAAGGGGGCCAAUCCAGCCCAGCAUCCUGUUCUCACAGUGACCAACCAGAUGCCCCAAUGGGAAGCCUGCAAGCAGGCCCUGAAUACAACAGCUCUCCCCACUUCCAAUUCCCAGCAGCUUGUGUUCAGAAGCUUCCUGCCUCUGACAGUGGAGGUAGAGCAUAGCCAUUGGUGUGGUGUGGAGUGGUGCAUGCUCUAGUUAUCUCCCGCUUGGACUACUGCAAUGCGCUCUACGUGGGGCUACCUUUGAAGGUGACUCAGAAACUGCAGUUAAUCCAGAAUGCGGCGACUAGACUGGUGACUGGGAGUGGCCGCUGGGACCACAUAACACCGGUCCUGAGAGAUCUGCAUUGGCUCCCAGUACGUUUCCGAGCACAAUUCGAAGUGUUGGUGCUGACCUUUAAAGCCCUAAACGGCCUCGGUCCUGUAUACCUGAAGGAGCGUCUCCACCCCCAUCGUUCAGCCCGGACACUGAGAUCCAGCACCGAGGGCCUUCUAGCGGUUCCCUCAUUUCGAGAAGUGAGGUUACAGGGAACCAGACAGAGGGCCUUCUCGGUAGUGGCGCCCGCCCUGUGGAAUGUCCUUCCUUCAGAUGUGAAGGAAAUAAGCAGUUAUCUUAUCUUUAAAAGACAUCUGAAGGCAGCCCUGUUUAGGGAAGUUUUUAAUAUUUAAUGCUGAAUUGUUUUUAACACUCAAUUGGAAGCCGCCCAGAAUGGCUGGGGAAACUCAGCCAGAUGGGCGGGAUAUAAAUUAUUUAAUUAUUUAUUAUUAUUAUUAUUAUGGAUUGUGGCCAUUGAUAGCCUUAUCCUCCUCUAUGAAUUUGUCUAAUCCUCUUUUGAAGCCAUGCAAAUUGAUGGCGCUCACUGCCUCCUGUAAGAAUGGAUUCCACAGUUUAACUGUAAUUGGUUCUUUCAUACCACCAAACCCAUUAAGAUUCUCGUGGGAUAUCUGAAAAAUGUUGUAUGUUCAGAGCAUCUUACUCUAGCUGGAGACUUCUUAAGAGGAGGAAAAUUGAUAUUAGUCCCUAAGUGGUACCCUCCCAAAAUGCUGAAAGAACACGAGUGGUUUUAAUACAAUAUGGUAUGUCACUUUGAUGUCUAAAGUUACAGAAAUAGUAAGAUUAAGGGAGGGGAGACAGAAAUCAGAACAGUUUGCAAGUUUAUGUAUCCCACCCGCCUUUACAAAUCAUAUGGAGCAAAGAUUUAUUUUAGGACUGUUUAAUGCUUUCUCGACUGUAGCAUGAAAUAGUAUAACUUUUCUAUUACAGUAAGCCCACAACGUACAUGGGGCUUACAUUCCAGGGAUCGCACCUAAAGCCAAAAUUGUGUGUACUCAACACUCACUGGGUUUAAUGGAGGUGGGAUUGCCAAAGUCAUUUUUCACAGAACCCCUACCACUUUCCACUUCUUUUUAAAAUAAAAAAAUUGCCAUGCAUGUGAAGCUGAAUCCACACAAGUUAAAUGUGCGCAAGUUGUGGGCUUCCUGUAUUUCAGUAUUAAGUAAUCAAUAGCACAAAAGAAAAAUCUAUUGGAUGGGAGGAGGAAAUAAUCAAACAGGUUCAAGAUUGUAAUUACAAGUGGUCCUAAUGACCAGCUGGGUUGUGGAAGCUGUUUAAGGAGAGGAGGCACCAAAUGUUGUGAGUCUGGUUCAGACCAGAGAGGCCUCCUUACCAAGGGGCUUAAUAAUCCUUUCUACCUUGCGGUUCUGAAAGCACAUCCCUGCUAGAUUCCAUUGUCAUUGUGGUCCCUGCUUUCAUCCGGGCCCCUCAAUCCUUACAGUCAGCCCCCUUAUUCCCUCCAUUGCCUGAGGUCAGCUGGCUAAACCUCCAGUGUGCAUCCCCCCAUUUUUCACUGACUACAGCGGAAAGUGAGCUACAUCAAGCAGACCACAGCAAUUCUGAAGGAGGACUAUGCUGGAGACAUCCCAAGGACACUGGCGGAGCUGGUGAAACUCCCAGGGGUUGGACCCAAGAUGGCCCAUUUGGUGAUGGACAUUGCCUGGCAGGACAUCUCUGGAAUCGGUACUGUUUCCAUUUUUCUCUUAGCAGGGCCAACUCAUUUGCUCUAGGAAUCGGAGCUUCUAGAAGGAUCCGGGAUGGGGACUCUUGGGCCUAGGGGCCAAAUGUGGCCCUUUGGGCCUAUCUGUCUGGCCCUUGUAACAUUCCCCAGGCCACACACCCUCACCAGUCUUGCUUCACACGCCCCUUGAGCGUUUUUGCCUGAGGAGAGGGCUUUUGUAUGCGGGUCCUGCUUGCAGGUCUCCCUCUGGUGCAUGUGGGUAGCCGCUGUGAAAACAGGAUGCUAGACUAUAUGGGUUCUUCUUAUGUACAUAGUUUGUCUAAGGCCACCUGAAGCAGAGGUGAAAUGGGUCCUUUGUGGCUCACACACUUACAGAGCAAUCAUAACCAUGUCUACUCAGCAGCCCCAUUGAAUUCAGUGUUAGAAUCUAUGCCGCACCUGUGCUUUUCAAAUGAAUAGCUGUCAUUUCAAAACAAUUCCUGUGAGGAGGCCUACCUUGGAUUUUGGGACUGUGGUGCAAUCCUGCUAUAGGCAGGAGGUGGCGCUGUGGCUCCAUGGCCCAUGCUUGCGCUAACCCACCUUUUUUAUUUUAACAGUACUUCCAAUUAACAUUUUAGGUUGCUGGUUACAGGAAACCUGGGAGGGCUGAUUCUUGAUGAAUGGGACUUCAGGAACCAGUUGAUUAAAAACUGAGGGUGGGGAGAAUAUCAUUCGGGGUUCUCUGCUGGAAUUCCUUCCCGAUUAAUCAAGGAGCCUGUGUGUUUCGCCCAGAGAUGGCGGCAGUGCUGGGUGACAGACAGUGCCCAGUAAUUUCAAAGGUGGGGAAUCAGCCAUUGUUAUAUUUGAGGCCUUGAGGCAACCUGAUACCUGCAUGGCACCUGUGAGCCUCUUCUGAAUGCCUCCUCCGAGCUUCUGACUUAAGACUCUUACAAAAUGCAGACUCAAAAGGGGCAUUAAAAGGGGCAUUAUUUUCCCCCCUCCCCCCACUUUUGCUUACCAGGUAGCCAGACUAUUUGGGUUGGCCUAAUAAAGGUCUUGCCCUAAUAAGGAUGUUGAAAUUUCCAUUUCUGGUUCCAAAAGUUGCUUCCUUCCACCUGCCACUUCACAGCAGCAGGUCCUGAUCUUCACAGGCAUGCUGUGGACCACCUGAAUGAAGUUCACGGACCACUGUGGUCCUCAGACCAGUGUUUGGGAACCCCCUGGUUUACAAUACACCGGCAAGGCACAAUUCAGAAAGCAUUAUUUUCCGCAAUCCAAAACAUUAGUAUAUUAAAAUGAAUUGAACACACUUGGAUUUUCAAAAUCAAAACAUUGUGUUGUAUCCCUCAAAACAUAAGAAGAACCUACUGGAUCAGACCCAUGGCCCAUUUAGCCCAGCAUCCUAUCCUUACAGUGGCUAACCAAAUGCCUGUGGGAAACCAGCGAGCAGGAUUUGAGCACAAGAGCCCUCUCCCCUCCUGUAGUUCUCAGCAGCUGGUAUUCAGAAGCAUUGCUGCCUCUAAAUUUGGAAGCAGAGCAUAGCCAUCAUGGCCAGUAGCCAUUGAUAGCGCUUUCCUCCAUGAAUUUGUCCAGUCCUCUUUGAAAGCCACCUAGGUUGGUGGCCAUCACUGCCUCCACAGUUCCACAAUUUAACUAUGUACUAUGUGAAGCAGUAUGUUCUUGUAUCUGCUACUGACAGCCCAGUGACUAUCUGAAACCUGUGGCCCUCCAGUUUCCUGACUCCCACUCCCAUCAGCCCCCCGGCCAGCUGGGCCAGCAGCCAGUGGUGCUGGAACUUGGAAGUCUAGCAACAUCUGUAGGGCCACGGGUCCCCCAGCCCUUCUCUGGUCGAAAGCUCCUCUCAAAGACAAAACCAUCCUUUCCUUCAGGUAGGGGUCAAAUAUCCUCUAACUAUUCUGGGAAAUGAAUAUGGGAUCUCCUCUCCCCUGACUCUACUCACCAUUUUCCAUAGGUGUGGACACACACGUGCACCGGAUUUCCAACAGGUUGAAGUGGGCAAAGAAGGAAACCAAGCUUCCUGAGGAGACUCGGCUGGCUCUGGAAGAGUGGCUCCCCAGGUGAGGCAGUCAGGGUCAAUUCUGUGUUCUCUCUGUUUCUUUUUUUUAAUUCAGUGACCUGGGCCACACAUGAUGCCAAGCCAUAGUUUGUUUAGCCUAAGCAAAAUGUGAAGUCAUGGUUUGUUUUUGGCUUACGAGCUGUGGCUUGUUUUAACAACAGUUUGGCUUUAUGAUCAACAUCCCAUCUUCAUUGUCUCCCAUUCCAUUUCGGAGCCCAAUUCAAAGUGGUGUUUUCCAUCUUCAGAGCCCUAAACGGCCUCAGAGGAGGACGUCUGAAGGCUUCCCUUCUCCCAUACAAAAUUUACCACAGGGUUAGGCCUUCAGAUAAGCUCCAGGGGCAGCUAACCAAUGACCCUUCAAAUCUUUCUGAACUACAACUCCUGUAUCCUUAGGGUGAAGGGUGGGUGAUUAAUCAAAUUAAUAAUAAUGAUUAAUGAACAUUUCCCUUCCUUCUCCUCCUAGAGAUCUCUGGAGUGAGAUAAACUGGCUUCUUGUUGGGUUUGGGCAGCAAGUCUGCUUACCUGUAAAUCCACGCUGCAGUGAAUGCCUCAACAGGGACAUCUGUCCGGCUUCGAGGAAGCGCUGAGAGAUGCAACACUUACUGGAACAGGCCACCAUACUGGGGGACUGGGACUUGGGGGCCCACCAAUGGACUGAUGAUGCUGUAGCUGACCUGCCAGUGGCUUGAGCAAGAGGGAUUUUCACCCUGAAAUCUGGUGGCACUACAGCAAUGACUUGGUUCCUGGUCUCCAAGCCAUGCACAGGUGAGAGGGGUCCAAAUAGCAUUGUUCCUCAUAAAAGGACCACAGAGUUGACUUAAGUGUGGUGUCCCAGGCUGCCCUGAAAGGACUCCUCUUAACCCAAGUAUGAAGCCACACAGAGAGUAGUUAAAUAAGUGCAACGUAUUGGGGCUAGAUUCCAGACUAAGUUAGCUGGACUCGAGUCCCACUGAAAUCAGUUGCACGUGUACAUCUUGACAUAUCUCAGUUCAGCUAGCUCAGGCCCCAUCAGCACCAUACAUUUAAAGCAGUGACAUGCUACUUUAAACAGUCAUGGUCCCCCUGCCAGCCCCUUUCCCCCUCACGGAGCUACAGUUCCCAGAGUUCCUGGGGAAGAGGGGUUGAAAGUACUUUGGGAAUUGAAGCUGGAAGGGAAUAGGGGGUCUCCCAGUAACUCCCAGCACCCUUAACAAACUACAGCUCCCAUGGUUCUUUGGGCAAAGCCAUGAGUAUUUAAAAUGAUGAGAGUCUACUUCAAAAGUAUAGUCCAGCCCCCAGUAUCUUUUAAAUGAAGAUUUUGUUGGAUUCCUGUGGCUAGAAAGAGGAGAUGGGGGGAGGCAGGCUGAAAAUGGGUGAAACUUUCUUUAGGGUGAAAAUGAAAACAAGCAGAAAGUUCAGGUUGUGUCCUGUCAAUGGAAGGUCCACAUGUUUUGAUAUGUCUGGAGAUCUCUUUGUCAUAAGCUAUAUAUGUCUGACCAGAAUUUCUAAGGUUCAGCUCACAUGACAUCCUCUGGCCUUUGUUUUGAAAGGGCAAGGCUCCCACUUUGAGAGCCUCUGCCUGAAGGGCAACCAGCCCUCAGGGUGUGUUGUAUUUCCUUGUCAUUAUGCCUCUCCCUGCCUCCACACACACUGUGAAGGAGGCCGGUCAUAUUUUCUUCCCAGACCAGACCUUCCUAAGAAGUGUUUGUGGAUUCUGUCAGCUGCCUUUGCCCUUGAAGAAUUUCCAAUUUAAAUGCUAAUAAGCUAGUUACCAGGCAAAAGGAGUUAUCCAGCUCCACUGGAUGAUGUCAUUCAGGCCUGUCCCAGCGUCAUGGAGGAAUUAGCCUGUUGCCAAGGUAGGGAGAGUUGGAAGUUUAAAAACAGAUGAGACAGAAAAAAUUCUUCCCACCCCAGUUGUGUCUGAUGGGCUCCAGGGCUUGCAGAUUUUAGAUCAGCUUUCCUCCCAAUCUAUCGCCCUCCUGAUGUUUUGAACUACAACUCCCAUCAGCCCCAGACAGCGCAGCCAUAAAAUGCAGUCCAAAACAUCUGGAAGACACCAGGUUGGGUAAGAGUUCUCCUAUGUGAGAACGAAGCCUUUGAGAUGUCCCAAGCAAAAGGGGCAUUUGGAAUACAUUGUAAGCCUUGAGCUUUGCUUAGCCUGUCACAUAAGCCAAAUGCUGAGAACUGCAUCUACCUAAAGAGUAAUUCUUAUUUUUAUAUAAUAAACAGUUUUGUUUGUAAUAAGAAUAGUUUUGUUUAACAGUCUCUGUUUGGUGCUCAGGUUUCCCAGAAGAGGGGGCUUAAUCCAGAGUGGGGAACGUGGGCCCAGGAUCUGAAAGCAGCCCUCCAGGCCUUUCCUUCUGUCCUCUGGGACUCUCCCUAUGCCAUACCCCCUCAUUGGCCCUGCUUCAAACCUUCCUUGAGGGGCUGGAAUACGUUUCCCAGAUAAUUUAAAUGCACCUAGAAGUGAGGCAAUCUGGCACAGCCAGGAAACAGACACAAAAGCUGGAUGGGAGGAAGCGAGGGAUACCAUAAGGAAAUAAUAAUUUGGACACCAACAUCAUAAAACUCGCUGUACAUGGGAAACCAGUUUUAUUAUUGACAUUUUAGUAUACAUUUUUUUACACAAUGCAGUUAACAGCUCUUCUUAUAACUUUUUAGUGAAUGUCUAGGUUAGAUGUGCAGAAACGGAGUUAAGUGCUGCAGAGCAUAUAGGAUGGCAGAGAAAAGAGAGCCAGGCGUGCUUUUAAAUCGUCAUGAGUCAAUCCACGGAAUAGAGAGUGGGAUGUUUACUUUCUUGGAAGGGGUAGGGGGAAAGAUACCUCUAUAGGUACAGAUUUGUAUAGGAGAUUUCAAUUGUACCACAACCCUCAAAUUUGUGCUUCUGUCACACCUCUCCUAUCCUUAAAGAAUGACUUUAGAAAUCCUUGUUCAAACCAGUCCUGCAUUCAUUCAUUUCCUUACUAUUAUAUUUCACCUUUCUUCGAUCAUGGAGCCCAAGGUGUUAUCCAGGCAUUUUUCAAAAGGCCUAUCCUGUUUCAUCUUCCACUGACCAGAUGUAAACCUGUUCUUUCCAUGCAUCAGAGGGGUGGAGAACCUGUGGUCUUCCAAAUGUUGCUGGACUCCACCUCCCAUCAGCCCAAGGCUGGUGGGAACUGCAGCAGCAGCAGCACCCCACACACACCUGUGGUGCAUCAACACCUUUGCUAAUAAUGAAUUAGGGGCAAUUCUUUUGGAGGUAAAAAUUUUAGCCUAAUUUGAAAAACAAGCGCCCUCCAAUCAUUUAAGGAAUCAAAGCAGCCCCCCCCAAAAAAGCCUUUAUAAAUCUCACACCGGCCGUUCUCAAAAUCAAGUUUCAAGCAACCUUAUCAGCAGGUAUUAGCAUAUACCUGAAUUACUACCAGUCUCACUCAAUAAGUGUUUUCUUUGUUAAAAAAAAUAAAGAAGACUCAGCAGAGCAUUCUUCAUUCACAAACAUUUCAUUAUCCUCCUAGAAUCAGUGGCCCCGAGUCAUCAAGAGAGAUUUAUGGCAGGCUUACUCAACCUGGGGCCCUCCAGUUGUUGUUGGACUACAACUCCCAUCAGUAUCAGCCAGCAUGGCCAAAGGUCAGGGGUGAUGGGAUAUGUAUUCCAAACAUCUGGGCACCAGUCUUGGGAAGGAAGAUCUACAUGCACUCUUAUUUGCAUUUGCCCCAUAAUGCACACCCUUCCUGUGGCAUCAGCAGGAAGCCCCCGUUCAAUACUAAUGGGCAUCUAUGGGACUAACUGAGCAUAACUGGGGCUGGACUGGGAGUCAGCAAGUACAGCUGUUCUCCAAUAAUAAAUGGUUUGGGAGUGUGGUAAAAUCCCAUGCCUGCAGACUGAAUUGUGCAAAUUAGUCAUAUUUACAUAUAUUUAUUUUUACAUAGCUUCACAGUCUUCAAUGGUGCAGGUUUUUAAAAACAAAUUGGAAUGUUUUGGUCAAGCUUGGCAAAGAAUGAGUCUCAAAGGGGGAAAGAAUUCCUGACAUUUCCCCAGAUUCCAUGUGGGCUAGAAACCCUGUUUUUAAAAUAAAAAUCAUCCUCAUAAUCAUCAUCAUCAUAAAGUGAAGAGCACAAUGAUUUAUAGCCAAACCCUUCUUGCCUGCUGAGCUUAUAAUCACUGAACAUCUAUGGAAUCAAUCUGAAAUAUUGGAGGGGGGGGUUGUUGUUUGCAAAAAGACCGCUUUGUAGUUCUCAUGCUUACUAAGAUAAAAUUCAAAAGUGGUGGGUGAUGCCUGGUGCUACCUCAGAAGACAGAGAGGGCAGGCAUCUGAGGGGACAGAGGUGAGGACUAGAAUGGUGUCCCUAUGAUAGCCAGGCAGACUAUGCAAAAUCAGUCAAAAUGUGGCAUUCAAUUAGAUUAACUCAGGUGCAGAAUUAGGACACGUUUCUUAGGCAUCCAGACCAGCUGCCCCCAACUUGGUGCUCUGGGGCUGCUAGGAAUUGUAGUCCAAAAUAGCUGGAGACCAUCAGAUUGGUAAAAGCUGGUGUGGACAAAGGGUAUCCAACGUGGUGCUCUCCAAAUGUUGUGGACCGCAACUCCCAUAAGCCCCAGCCAACACAACCAAUGGUGAGAGAUGAUGGGAGAUGGAGUCCAGCAACACCUAGAGAACACUGCUUUGGCUACUCCUGGGGCAGACUAUGAGUACAGGGCUGUCCAUCAUGGACACCAAUACUCCACCUCGCAUUUCUCUCAAAGCCUCCUGUAAUGAAACUGUAUACAAGGUUCUUCCUGAAAACCAAAACAUAACAAGAGAAUGGUACCAUUUACCAAGGCUUGGUAAAUUUCCCCAAAGGACAGGAGAAUAAUCUAAGGCACCUUAUUCAGCUUAGUUAUUUGCAAAACAUACACAAAGCCCCCAGAGUAUAUUUAUAUCAAAGGGCACUUGGUCAUCUUGCAGGGUAUUGUAGAAUCAUAGGACUGUAAGAGUUGGAAGAGGCCCAAAGGAUCAUUCAACCCCCUGCAAUGCAGGAAUCACAGCUGAAGAAUCCCUGAAGACAAAAUGUGUCGUCGUCGCCCCCCCCCCCCCACUUCUUGAAUACUUACAUAGAUUGUACAUUUGUGCCCUAAUUAAAAGCAAUUGCUUAGUCAUACAUACCUCUUUUUAUGAAAGAGAAACUGCAUCCCUCCAGCUUGCUUUUUAAUACUUGUUGUGGAAGUGGUUGUAAAGAAGAAAAGGGUGUGAAAGGUUGUGAUGUCUCACUAAAGAAGGCUGGAAGAAAAAACUCUUCCUACCUGCCUCCCCUUACCAGAUUAACAGUGUUAUAAAAUCAUUAGCUAGCUUCCAAUUUUUUUUACUCCUCUCUCACUUAGCAGAAUCAGGAGAAGAGUUUGGAUAACAAUUUCUGAGUUGCUGCUGCAAUGUGAUCACUCUCAAGCAGCCUUUGCCAACUGUGUGCCCUCCAGAUGUUCGAACUACAAGUCCCAUCAGCCCAAACCAUGGAUGUGCCUGCUGAGGCUGAUGAGAGCUGUGGUUCAAAACAGCUAGAGGGCACCAGAUUAGCAAAGGGAUCUCUUCAAGAACAGAGGAGCCUAGUGUAGGGGUUCCACAGUAGUGUGUGCUUUACUUUUAAGUGGCCCACACAGUUCACAUACAUCACUCAUUGAGAAGGAUCAAAUUCAGUUAGUAAGUAGGAGCAAUACCCCAGAAUUAUCCACUUUUCACUCAGGCCUGGAUUCAAGACAUUUCAGUGCCUACCACAGAAAAAAACAACACACCAAACAGUAUACUCCCUCCCAUGAAUUAACACAGGGAGGGGUAAGAACUUCCUUGGAAACUUCCCAGUGACCUGGGCCCCUUGGGUCAAUCCGUCUCCCAACUCUUGUCCUCUUAUAACAACAUCAAGAUCUAUCUGGGGCAGGCAUGUCCAAAGUCCGUUUUGGGGGCCUAAUCCGGCCCUCCAGUCAGUUUAAUCCAGCCCCUGUGGCAGUUUAUUUCCUAGGGUAAAAUCCUAAGAAACCUCAACAACUUCAAUCCUAAACAAAGCUCAACCACUUCAAUCCUAAAAAAAGGUUAACAACUUUGGUUGGCCCUCACGGCCGUUCACUUCAUCAAAUCUGGCCCUCUUUGAAAAAAGUUUGGAUACCACUGAUCUAGGGAAUAACAGAAUCAUAUAAUUGUACAGUUGGAAGGGUCCCGAGAGUCAUAUGGUCCAACCCCUUGCAGUGCAAGAAUCACAGCUAAAGAAAUUUGGAAUUUAUGUGAUUUGAUUUGAUUGGUCUGUUAAUAAAAAUUAUUU